CUUGACUGUGUAAAGAUUUUCAGGGAAGGUUCUUCCCCCAUCUGUGAAGGUUAGCACACCUCCGACUGUAGGCACAGAAUUUUUUGGCUCCCAAUUUCGACCCCCAGCCGGACGCCCACUACGUGAUUGACUAAUCAUCGAAUUGCCCCCUCCGACUUAUUCAUCAUUUCAUCCCAUACACUGAAAUUUGCACCUCUCUCUUCGCUGCCUAUUCAUUCAGUUUGGGGGCAUUUGAAUUUGUAUGCAUUUCUUCAGAGGAAGCUCCAAACCUCAUUCCAGCAUGAGACAAAGAAAGUCCCUCGCUGCUACUCCACCAGAGAGCAGAAAAACUCGGAAACCCAACCCUACAGGGGAGUCAAAAAUCAAAUCUUUACUCAUUUCUCCAAGAGAAGUGUUCAUUCUCUGUUUGGUUGCACGGAUGCUCAAUUCUCUGCUGGUGCAGACUUAUUUCAACCCAGAUGAACAUUGGCAAGCCCUUGAAGUUGCCCAUCAUAUCACUUUUGGAUAUGGGCAUCUGACGUGGGAGUGGAAAAGGGGAAUAAGGAGUUACUUGCACCCAUCUAUUUUUUCUUUUCUCUAUAAAGGUCUUAGUUUUUUAACGCUUGAUACCCCCUGGUUCAUGAUAAGGACUCCUAGGCUCCUGCAGUCUGUUUUCUCUGCUGUUGGGGAUCUUUACUUGUUUAAGAUUUCUCAAAUGUUAUUUGAUGACCAUGUAGCAAAAUGGGUUGUAUCCUUCUUUACGUAUAUGCUACAAGUUGCAUUCAAACUCGCUAGCUGUUUUUAUGAGUUUUAUAACUAUGCUGCUUUUCUUUAGCUGUAUAAUGUUUAUAUUUGUGCCAAGAGAUUUGUUGUUCCUGAUUGAUGAUAAUCAAUCAUGACAUACUUAACUCGGUUGCAGCUUUUUGCACAAUUAACCAAUUGGUUCAUGUUUUUCUCUUUCACGCGAACUCUAUCUAAUAGUUUGGAGACAGUUCUCACACUAGUGAGCCUCUACUACUGGCCUUGCAUUAGGAAACAUCCAAAUACAGCUUCCUUGGGUUCAAGAAAGUGGGCUUUGGCUGUGUCUGCAUUGGCUUGUGCCAUUCGGCCAACAAGUGCCAUUACAUGGUUGUAUGUUGGCCUACUGGAGUUGUACCUCACCAAUGAAAAGAUAAUUUGUAUUCUUCUUGAGGUGAUCCCUAUUGGGACAUUGAUACUUGGAGUCACGCUUAUGUUGGACCGGUGGAUGUAUGGAACCUGGGUCAUUGUGCCUCUUAAUUUUGUCAAGUUCAAUUUUCUAUCUUCUGGCGGUGACUAUUAUGGAACUCAUGUGUGGCAUUGGUACCUCAGUCAGGGAUUCACAGUGAUGCUUUUCACAUUCCUGCCAUUUUCUUUUGUCGGUGCUAUCAUGUCUAAGCAAUGGAAACUUUCUGGUCUCAUAGCAUGGGUUUUGGGGGUUUAUAGCUUGUUAGGCCACAAAGAGUUCAGGUUUGUCCUCCCUGUGCUUCCUAUAGCUUUAAUGUUUUCUGGGUACUCGCUAGCCAGAAUAGGAGUUCCCAAAAGGACUCGUUACACUUGCUUAUCAAAAAAGUCUGUUUUGGUCUUCCUCCUGCUCAUCACAAAUCUUCCAAUGGCUUUGUAUAUGAGUUUGGUCCAUCAGAGAGGAACAGAGGAUGUCAUGAACCAUCUCUCCGUGGAAGCAGCUACGGGAAAAGUAAGAAGCAUCCUUUUCUUUACACCCUGCCAUGCAACGCCUUACUACUCAACCCUUCACCGUAACAUUCCUAUGCGUUUCUUGGAUUGUACGCCUAGUGAAGAGAGAGGAGUGUUGGAUGAGUCUGACCAGUUCAUGUUAGACCCAGUCGGUUUUGCAACCGAGUUUGCAAAAAGUUGGUCUCCACCUAGCCACAUUGUGGUGUUUGAUGCACAAGAAAAGCUGUUGGAGAAAUUUUUAGAUUUGCAUAAUUUCAAGGAGGUGAAGAGGUUCUUUCAUGCGCACUUCAAGGUGGAUAGAGAGCUUCAGGCUUCCAUUACUGUAUAUGCAUCCAAUGAAAACAUGCCCAUUUGAGAUGAAAGUUCAUCUGCUCCAAGCUUGGCAAUUUUAUUUCUUUUUUCUUUUCACCUUGUUCGUCCCUACUCAUUUUUCUGAAUUUUACAUAUAAUAAUUAUUCCCUCUAUCCCGAUAGAUUUAGCUGUCCAUUUUUUUUUAAAAAAAAAUCUCAUUUUUAUGAAAUGAGUUUAAAAUGACAAAAAAGUCUUUCAAAUGGGCUUGUCUCUCUCCCUUAAAAAAAUGAGCUUGUCUUCGUGUCAACAAUGUUUAUAAUAUCUUUCUAGGAUAUUUUG